AGCGCGGUGAUUUGGAAGGUGUUGGAAUUGUUAGACCGUUGCGGUUUGUUGGAUAGUUAGGAAACUCAUAACGUGGAAUCACAUGAUUUCUAUGCCAUCUUGAGUGAGCUAGCUAGCCAUGUCUGAAGGAAUCCAAAGAACCAACACUUUUGUGUCCAAGAAAGUAAGCUGUGUGCGGUGGCGUCCCCCUACUCAGCAAGCCUUCGCACAGUCCAGCCAGUUUGUAUCAGGCAGCUGGGAUGAUGAGGAAAACUGUGUGCAGCUUUGGCACUGGACAGACUCGGGAGAUGAUCCCAAGUGCGUUCAUCGCGUCUCCUGUCAGCAUGAUAUCACUUGCAUCACGUACAUCUCCCCGAACCUGUUCGCGACGGCCACAGCCGGCGGUGACGUCAUCCUCCAUCGGCACGAGGGAAACCGCCUGAAGCCCGACAAACGCUGGGAAAAACUGCAUAAGACCAGGGGCGGCGCGGCGCCGUGCUCCUGGGUGUCGGCGUUUGAGGAUGAGCUGGUGACGGUCGGGGACGACGGUCGGAUGACGGUGCUCGCGCUCUCGGCGCGUCAGCCCGUCCGCGUCAUAGAUGGCGCUGACACGUGCAGCCUGUACCGGGUGCAGCACAUCACCCACUCGCACGUGGUGACGGCCAACAUGCGCGGCCAGAUCAAGUCGUGGGACGUCCGGUCGGCAGGCAGAAGCCCCACCUCCUCCGUCAUGGCCUCCCAGCAGCAGUCUCCUGUGACGUCACUGGCGCGUCACCCGACCCAGUACCACGUGCUGGCCUCGGGGGACGGCGACGGCGUCAUCUGCAUCUGGGACCUGCGCGAGGCGCGGUACCCGGUCACCGAGCUCAAGUCCCACUCGGCUGAAGUGAGCGACAUGUUGUUCCAUCGCCUGAGUCCGGACAGCCUGUUCUCGGCCGGCCAGGACGGCGCCGUCUGCCAGUGGAACAUCGGUACGGCCGCACAAACGACCAUCAGCCGUCACCCUGGCCACAAAGGUGCGCCGUCUACUCGCCAGCCGACGCGCAGACGUCCUUGGCUGACGCUGGACGCCUCCAAACGCUACCUGGACGUGCUGGCGCUGGUGCCGGCCGGCCCUUUCCCCGUCAACGCGCUGGACGCGGCCGAAGACCGGCUGGUCUGCGGCGGCGACAACGAGGUCCUCCACUGCAUCAGCCAGCUGGCCGUGUGACGUCACGUAUUUGACGUGUGGAGGGGACGCGAGGUCCUCCACCGCGCGGGUCACCUGGCCGGGUGACGUCACAUGUAUCGUCUGUAAGAGACUGUGAGGUUCUCCAACAUGUGCCGUCUGUCACGGCAGACUUAUUCCGGUCACCCAUCGGUACAAGGUAGAGUUGAUCAUAAAAACCAGUCUCUUAGUGUAAGCUCGCGAACCUGCUGUAAAAACACGUCAUACGGAACCCAACACUGCCAAACGUACUCAAAGUGCAUGACCAGCUGGAUGUAGCAUCUCCGCCUGUCAUACGGCUACUGUAUGAUGCCAUUCCGAGAAGCCGAAUAAAAUGCUACACCAGAUA